AUGCAGCUCGUCCAAGUGUUCACGCCGGUCUCGUACGACGAAGUCACCUCGCGUCUUUACUCGCUUCUUGGCCCGGUGAAUUCCGCAUAUGUUCUUAUCGGUGCAACGUCUCUGGCCGAGCUCGAGGCGAGAGUUGGGGCCGUGCUUGGCACCAGUGGCUUCAUGCACUUUAGCGAAAUCGAUCACGGCGCCUGGUUCCAACUGUUCAACGCGAAUCCGACCCCACGGUUCAAGCUCUAUGUUAUUGGCAACCCGUUCAUCGCCGAAACGAUGAUCAAAUUUGACCUCCGCGCCGGCUACAACGUGCCGCCCCGUCUGCUGGUCGUGCAGAACGGGAAUGGGACCAAGAUUGUGUAUCAUCUACCAUCCUCCGUUAUUGAUUUGCACGGACCAGCCAAUUUGACCGCUGCCGCGGCAGUCUUGGAUCAAAGGUUGGCGGCGCUGGUAAGCAACAUUACGGCCGUCGUUUGA